CGUCUGUUUAUUUCAUUUGUGAUUCAGUGAUUUAACAAAGUCAAGAUAAUAAAGACCUAGAUAAAGACGUAGAAAACAAAACAUGAAGAUUAAAUUCAUAAGGAAAAGCAAAAAUGUCCAGAAGAUCAUGAUUCGAUUUGUCAAAUUUGCUUGGAUAUGGUGAAACAGGAGCGCGACCAAUUGUGCAGCAAUGAAACUCAACCAAAUCUAAAAACUGGAAAUCAUGUUAUCGGUAUGUGGUCAAAUGCCGUCGCUAAGUGAUGGAUGUUCGGCUAUUGUUUUAUCGUAUUUCAAUGAAGUCUACGAUCAUCUUAAAGACAAUUUGAAUACGGAAAAUAUUUGUCAUAUGGCUGGCGUUUGUGUUGCACAAUUUCAUCAACACGAGGAUGAUAUUGAGGUGAUUGAAGAUUCACAAAUUGAAUUCAUUGAUCAUGUAAGCGAUGACGUUCCAUGCGAUCUCUGCAAACAACUCGUUGUGCAUUUGAGAAAUUUACUGGUUGCCAAUACGACCGAAGCCGAAUUUGAGAAUGUACUUGAAGGCAUUUGUAAACAAACGAAAUCAUUCAAGUCAGAAUGUUUGAGUUUUGAUCCGGAUGGAUCCGGAUCCGGAUGGUGCUUGUUUCAUGAUUGGCAUCUGUCCAAAGGGUAAAUUGACACAAGAGCCACAGCAUUCGUAUGAAGUCAUGCCAUUCAUACCAAAUGAUCAAUUACUUGUGAAGAAGAAAAUUUUUGGCGUAAACGAACCGAUACUAUGAGCACAAGAUAUUCAAAGUUUCCAAUUGCGGAACACACUUUUUUGUACCACACACAGUGGCGUGCGGGGAACGCAUCGAAUCAACAUAUGGGCAGCAAUGCUGGACAGACGCUGCGAAUAUCUAGCACUAUUCAGACAGCAAAAAACCAUCACUGUUCAUUUACACGUUUUGAGAUGCAUUUACACGUAUUGACACUUAUUUUGUACAUUUAUUCGUAUUUAGAAGCUAGUUGACAACUUCCUAGCUCCUUACAUGAGACAACAAAUAAAACCUUCGGCGUCAAAUAAUUUGAAAAUGUUAAUUGAGCAUUUUGAGAUGUGGUGAAUGUAAACCGUUCGGUUUUACAAAACAUUAUCGUUAAUAAAAUAAUUACUUUUUACACACAUAAUUGAAAGUAAACCUAAAAUCAAGAACAACAUACAGAUACACACAUUUUUUUGUAAUAAUCAGAAAUAAAGUUCUUCUAUCAUGAGCAGUCAAACCAAUUAUUUGUCGCUUCAAU